AUGGCUCCAAAAGGACCCUCCAUCACCGGCUUCGACCCGCAGAAGUUUGCGGCGGCAUCAGGACAGCGAGCGGGCGAUCCUUGGAGGCGAGCAGAAGCAUGGCGAUACACCGGCCCCUUCACCCGAUUCAACCGAUUCAAGAGCGCUUUCCCCGGGCUAGGCAUAGCUACCGUCGCAUUCGCAGGGUACGUGGCGGUCGAACAGCUAUUCUUUAAGACAGAAGAGCAUGGGCAUGGCGAAGAG